AGUCACCAAGUGCAAUACAUUUCCUCUGCCAUUUUGUGGACAUCGAUGGCUGGAAAACCUGCCGGCAGUGGAGAGAGCCAUUGAAAUUUGGCAAUAUAUCAUCACCUAUGUGGAUCAGGUCAAAGCCAAGAAACUCCCCAAUCCAAGGUCAUCGUCAUAUGACACUAUCGCAGAAGCCCGGAUGGAUCCCUUGAUCCUAGCAAAGUUGCACUUCUUCAUGAGUGUCUCAAGAAGUUUUCAGCCAUUUCUCACCAAUUACCAGACAGAUGCCCCAAUGAUUCCAUUUCUUGGCAGAGAUUUGGAGGAUCUAAUCAGGAGCCUUCUCAGACGUUUCAUAAAGCGAGAUGUCCAUGUUGAUCUUUCUCCAGUAAAACUGGUCAAGCUUGAUGUGACAGACCAAAAACUUUGGGUCAGUCCAAAGCAACUGGACAUUGGCUUGGGAGCCACAGCUGCCCUUAAGGGAAUGUCAGGCAGUCAGAGUGGUGGAAGUGAGCGAGAUGUUCUACUGUUCAUGCGAGACAGCCAGACUGCUCUGUCCAAACUUUGUCAGAACCUUCUACUGAAGUGCCCUCUGAAGUACCCCACUGUCCGAAAUAUGAUUUGCCUGGACCCCCAGAAAAUGUACACUGAACCAGACAUGUGCCUGCAAAAAAUGAAGGCCCUUAUCAUCAAGUUCGUGCAGGAUAAGAAGUUGUCUGGAGGAGUGACAGCGGGUGAUAAGAUUGCCGAACAAUUUCAGAAGUUUCUCCUCAGUGAGGCCAGAGGAGAGGAGUUCAUGGCUUUCAGUGCAUUGGAUGGAAAAUCCCGAGUUGACAGCUUCCUGCAUAAGGCCAUGAACGGAUAUGCAGAACUUUGGAGCUUUGUGGAAAAGCUGCUGCUCUUGUCCCAUGGGCAAGCUACUGUGGAGCGUGGGUUCUCCAUAAACAAGCAGGUGGAGAUGUACAAUAUGAAUGAAGACACUGUAGUCUCACAGAGACUUAUCUGCGACUAUGUGAGAACGUGUGGUGGAGUGGUCAAAGUGCCGUUAAUUAAAGAACUGUUGAAUGAGUGUUCAUCCGCCCGCAACCGAUACAGGAUGUUCUUGGAUGAUGAGAGGAAGAAAAGGGAAAAGACAAAACAGACCAACAAGAGAAAAGAGAUUGAAGGUGAGCUUGAAGAGCUACGCAAGAAAAGAAGAACAAUCUCAACCGUGUGUGAAACUCUACACAACGAUGCAGAUAGCUUUGCAGAGAAGGCUGAGAAUGCAGCAGGAACCAAGAUGGCGGAACUUAUAACUAAAUCCAAUACCAUGAGAAGAAGAUGCAAGGAAAAGAGAGGGGAGUUAGUGGAGCUAGACUGUGAAAUUGAGAAGAGAGUGGCAGAGCUACGCCACCUGUCUUGA